UAUGCUUUGUGGAGUGGGCUUGGGAUUAAAAGAGAAGAUUUUUAAAGUAUGAUUGAACACCAACAAUCUCUCUUGUUUGUGUGUAUCUGUCUAUCUAUAUAUAAACACACACACACAAUCUUUAUCAUCUCUAUCAACACAGAUUUGGAGAUUGCGGCAAUGGCCUCUGCUCAAUCGCAGCAAAGUAGCCACCAAAUCGAGCACAGCACCUAUCACAGGAAGAUCAUACGCGACGACAAGAACAACUCUACCAACACACAUGAGCACUCUUUGGGUGACAAGGUGAAGGACAUGACCCAUUCUGCUUGGAAGCUGUUCGACCACCACGGUCCCAAUGACACGCAAGUGGAGAUGAAGAAAAAGAAGCAGCACGAAAGGCAUUGCAUCUCCAAGAUGAUCGGGCACGUGAAGAACUUGAAGAAGAAGAAGAUGAAGAAGAGCAAGGAAGACAGGUACAGAGGAAUCAGCAGCAGUGACAGCGAAAGCAGCAGCGACAACGACAAUGACAUCACUAAGAAGAAGAAGUAAGAGAGAAGGGUGUCUGGAGAAAUAUAUGCGAUAAAUAAAGAAAAUAAUCUUGAUUUCUGUGUGUAAACCUACAAUUACAAAUGAUCUGAACAUCCUUACUUAGAAACUAGAAUAAUGGAUGUUGAUAUCUCUGUCAUGAAUGUGAGAUGAGAGAGCCUAACUAUAUUUGUAUUGUAUACAAAUGAAAUUAAGUGAUGUAUGCAGCAUGUAUGUCUCCAAGAUUUGGUCAUCC